AUGACCGUCGUCGACUGGCAACAGAAAGCUCAGUUCAAGCAGUCUGAGGCUGCUAGCAAGAUUCCUCCGGAAUGGAGACUCUCCUCAGAUAUCUUGAAUGCCAUCUCCAACGAGUCUAAUAUCCUUGACAUUCCCACAAAGUGCGGUAUUCUUUCUGAUCGCGAGCUUGACAUCACCGAAAACUACGACGCCACUGAUCUCCUGCAAAAAUUGGCGUCAAAAGAGCUCAGUGCCGUCGAAGUAACAACAGCUUUUUGCAAACGUGCUGCUAUUGCCCAGCAGCUCACCUCCUGCUUGACCGAAACGUUCUUCGACAGAGCGCUCGCCCGAGCUCGGCAACUGGAUGACCAUCUGGCGGCCACAGGAAAGACCGUUGGACCCCUUCAUGGCCUUCCCAUCAGCAUGAAGGAGACCUUCAAUGUUGCUGGCGUGCCAACCUGUCUCGGGUUUGUAUCCUACCUGGACCGUCCGGCUCCUACCACAAACUCGGCAUUGGUCGAUAUCCUCCUCGCCGCCGGUGCUGUUCUUUAUGUCAAGACCAAUGUCCCGCAGACCAUGAUGACGGCAGACUCGCAUAACAACGUGUUUGGCCGUGUCCUCAACCCGUACCGCCGCAAUCUCACGGCGGGGGGAAGCUCGGGGGGUGAGGGUGCUCUGUUGGCCCUACGCGGCUCGGUGCUAGGCGUCGGCACCGACAUUGCAGGAUCGAUCCGCAUCCCGGCGCUGUGCUGCGGGACCAUCGGCUUCAAGCCAUCUGUUGGCCGGGUGCCAUACGCGGGUCAAACAGCGGCCGGCCGAGGCGGGAUGGUAGGAAUUGCGCCCGUCGCAGGGCCGUUGUGCCAUUCUAUCAGGGACGCUGAACUCCUCCUUCGGACCGUGUUCAACUCACAGCCUGAGAAUCUCGACGACAACGUCGUGGGCUUUCCCUGGAGCAAUGCGCCCACAAAGGAUGUGCUCACCAUCGGCGUCAUGGCAGAGGACCCUACGUACCCGAUUCAUCCGCCCAUGCAGCGGACUCUGGCUCUCGCCGUGAAGAAACUCGCCGCGGCCGGUCAUCGUAUUAUCAACCUGGCGGGAAAAUUGCCCAAUAUCUCCGACGCAUGUGAGCUGUCUUUCCGAUACUUCAACAUGGAUCCCGACCGGACUAUUUUGAAGAAGAUCUCCGACAGCGGCGAGCCUCCCAUCCCCUCCCUGCGCUCCACAUAUAAUCUCGACGAGCCUGGACCAGAGCCGACGCUGCGGGAAUUGUUCGAUAUAAACGUGACGCGGGGCGAAGUGACAGCGGAGGUGCGAAAGGCCUUCCUCGAGAAUCAGCUGGAUGUUAUCAUCGGACCGGGCUACCAGAGCUGUGCCGUUCCUCACGAUACAUACGGGUUGCCACCAUAUACCGUUUUCUUCAACUUGGUCGAUUAUCCAUCUUGCGUUCUUCCCUUUUGCAAGGCGGAGGAGGUUGCCGACGCCGAGUUUGUGAGAGAUGUCCAGUACAUCCCAGCGUACAAGCCUAAAGAAGUCGAAGGUGCGCCAUGCCAUGUGCAGCUCAUCGGCAGACGGCUGAAGGAUGAGGCCUUGGUGCAACAUGCCAAAGUGAUUGAAAGUAUAUUAUUGAAGUAG